CUCAACAUGGCGACCUAGGAGGCUUCCACGCUCGUUUGUUGACAAAUCUCCAUUAUCAAAGUUUUUGUUUCAUUUGAGGGUUUGCAGAGCCAAAGUAUGUCGAGACUCAUCGUUAAAAAUCUCCCAAAUGGGAUGAAGGAGGAGAGGUUCCGAGGGAUGUUCGCAGCCUUUGGGACCGUCACAGACUGCACCCUCAAGUUCACCAAGGACGGCAAGUUCCGCAAGUUUGGCUUUGUCGGGUUCAAAAGCGAGGAAGAUGCGAAUACUGCGUUGAAACAUUUUAACAAGAGCUUCGUGGAUACAUCCAGAGUGACUGUGGAGAUGUGUAAGGCGUUUGGUGACCCCAGCAAAGCGAAAGCCUGGAGCAAACACUCGCAGAACUCUGAACCAGACAAACCAGUCACAAAAACUAAAACUGCUAAUAAAGAGGAGAAGAAGGUGAAAAAGGAAACCAUCAGUGCACUGGGAAAUCUGGAGGAGGAUGAGGGGUUUAAAGAGUUCCUGUCGGUGCAUCAGAAUCGAACCCAAGCGCCGACAUGGGCGAACGAUACAGCGCAGCAGGCGGUCGACCCCGACGGUGGCAAGGCGAAGCGCAAGAAGCGGCCGGCUGCAGAUGAUUACCUCAACUUUGACUCUGACCAGUCAGAGGAUGAAUAUGAAGAAAAAGAGGAGGAGAAGCAGGAGGACAGUAAAGAUGACUGCACCACUAAAGAAGCUCUGAAGUCCAGCCUGUCGGAUAUGGAGUAUCUGCGCUCAAAGGUGGUGCGAACUGAGGAAGACAUGGAUGAAUGUGAAGAGAAGGAUGACAAGGGACAAGGGGAUAAAGUGGAAGAGGAUUUUGGACCUGCACAGCUCAACGACAGUGCUUACGAGAGCGGAGACCGAGAUAAAGCCCUCGAGGUGAAAACCUCUGUUUCCUCUGAGAACAAGAAGCAGGGGAAAGCCAAGAAAAAUAGGAAGCUAGAGAUGGAACCGACAACAGAGUUCACAGUGAAGCUGAGAGGAGUCCCAUUCAAUGUUUCACAGCAACAAAUUAGAGAAUUCAUGACGCCACAGAAGCCUGCCGCCAUCCGAAUUGGAAGAAAAGAAAGUGGCAACAGAACAGGCUACGUCUAUGUAGAUCUUCACUCUGAAGAAGAGGUUGAAAAGGCCUUGAAGAAGAAUAAAGACUAUAUAGGAGGGCGCUACAUUGAGGUGUUCCGUGUUGAUGCGUCAGGAUGGAACAGGACUGACCGAAGGGACAAAACAAUUGACAGAAACUUCACCAGGAAGCUGAAGGAGGACGAGGAGGACGAGGAUGUUGCGGAAUCAGGACGACUCUUCGUCCGAAACCUCCCUUACACUUGCACUGAAGAAGAAAUCAAAGAAAUAUUUUCCAAACAUGGACCUUUAUCUGAGGUGCUCUUCCCCAUUGACAAUCUAACAAAGAGACCGAAAGGUUUUGCUUUCAUAACGUACAUGAUUCCAGAGAAUGCUGUGGCAGCUUUGACUCAGCUGGACGGACACAUAUUUCAGGGCAGGAUGCUUCACCUGCUCCCAUCCACAGUGAAGAAGGAAAAGAGCGAAUCUUCAGAAGCUAGUGGUCCGGGCUCCUCGUCUUAUAAACGUCAAAAGGAUUCCAAAAACAAAGCUUCUAGUUCCAGUUCACACAACUGGAAUACACUCUUUCUGGGCACAAGUGCAGUGGCCGAUGCCAUCGCUGAAAAAUACAACACCACAAAAAGCCAAGUCUUGGACCAUGAGACGAGGGGAAGUGUUGCAGUGCGAAUGGCUCUCGGAGAGACCCAGAUUGUCCAAGAGACUCGCCAGUUUUUACUGGACAGUGGCGUGAGUUUAGAUUCCUUCAGUCAGCAGCCGGAGAGGAGCACAACUGUGCUUUUGGUAAAGAACCUCCCAGCCGGAGUGAGCGUGUCGGAGUUGGAGGCGGUCUUCUCCACUCACGGCUCUUUGGGGCGAGUGUUGCUGCCGCCCUCGGGCCUCACCGCCAUCAUCGAGUUCUUAGAGCCCACUGAAGCGAAGCGAGCUUUCGCUCGAUUGGCCUACAGCAAGUUCCAUCACAUCCCGCUGUAUUUGGAGUGGGCGCCCAUGGGGGUGUUCGUUGCAGCCAAACCAGCACCAGUGAAAGCAGAAGAGGAGAAGAAGCAACAGAAAACAGAAAAACAAGAAGAGGAAGAAGAGGAGGAGGAGGAUGGGUCUCUUCCAGGGUCCACACUUUUCAUCAAGAAUUUAAAUUUCAGCACAACGGAGGAAACACUUCACGAGACCUUCUCCAAAUGUGGCAAGGUUAAGUCAUGUACAAUCUCCAAGAAAAAAGAAAAAACAGGCAAAUUGCUUUCAAUGGGCUAUGGUUUUGUUGAGUAUCAUACGCCUGAGGCAGCACAGAAAGCCCUGCGACAACUUCAGCACUGCAAAGUGGAUGAACACUGCUUAGAGCUGAAGAUUUCAGAGAGAGCUACAAGGACUUCUGAAGUGUCAUGCAAGAAAAAGCAGGUGGAGAAGAAGCAAACGGGAUCCAAGAUCCUUGUACGAAAUGUCCCCUUCCAAGCCAGUGUCAGGGAAAUUCGAGAGCUCUUCUGUACAUUUGGAGAGCUGAAGACAGUCCGCCUUCCCAAGAAAGCAGCAGGUACAGGGAAUCAUCGAGGUUUUGGCUUCAUUGACUUCAUCACCAAGCAGGAUGCCAAGAAAGCAUUUGCUGCCUUAAGCCACAGCACCCAUCUUUACGGGAGGCGCCUUGUGCUGGAAUGGGCUGAUGCAGAGGAAACUGUGGAGACAUUGAGACGGAAAACAGCUGAACAUUUUCAUGUGGCCAGCAAAAAGCAACGAAAGGCUGAGGUUCUGGGGGGAAUUCUGGAAAAGAUGGAAACUCCAGAUGAUGCGGAGGACUGAAACUGUGUGGUGGUGCCUAUAUAGAGGCCAGCAGGAAUUAAGGGGUUGAGAAACUGGUUGUUGCUCAAGCUGAAGGUCGCAAGUUUUAUUCCAGCUACCUCACAGUCUUGUUGAGGUACCCUUGAGCAAGAGCCUGAGCCCACUGUUAAGUUGAAUGUUAUGACAUCAGUGUGUGAAUAAGCCAUUCCAAUACAUUACAAUACAUGCCAUCAUCAUUAAUCGUUAUUAAAGGAUGGAAUAAAGUAUUGCAGAAGCCUUCAGUACCUGGAGUUUAAGUGUGAAGAACUACACCUUGAACAGUCUUGAACUAGUGUGAGAAUCUACAUAGACAUCUUGAACUAGUAUGUUUUUAUUUAAAGAAAAAAAAAAAAAGCUUUUUGUGUAAUAGGGAUGUUUUAUAGAAUGAUUUAAAAUCUGUUUUAAAUUUUAAAAAAAUGUACAGUAUGUGAUCCUGUGUGCUGUUGUGUUGAAGGAGUUGACACUAGAAUGUUUUAUUUGGAAAGUAAUGUUAUGUUCUGGUAACCACAGAAGUGAAAAUGCUGAAACCAUAGGCAUUUUACAUAGAUACCUCAUUGAACAGGUUAACCUAUGACACAGUUAUUAGGAAUUUUUACUCCCAUGCGUGAAAAUCUUUUUCAUUAUAGUGACAGCGUCACAUAUUUUGGUGGCUGUAGACGCUCAUGAAAGCAUCAGAAAAAUACGUUGGUUUAGUGCGUACCUAUAUCUGAAACAUACAAGGAGCAAACCUAAUAAAAUUAAAAG